CAGGCAGACACCACGGCUCCGCCAGGAGAAAGGAGGAGCUGAGGAGUCUACACACUGUGAAGCGCAAGAUGGUUCUGAGUGGAGCGCUGUGCUUCCGAAUGAAGGAUGCGGCAUUGAAGGUGCUUUAUCUGCAUGAUAACCAGCUUCUAGCCGGAGGGCUGCAUACAGGGAAGGUCAUGAAAGGCGAGGAGAUCAGCGUUGUACCCAAUCGGUUUCUGGAUGCCAAGCUCUCUCCAGUCAUCCUGGGCGUCCAGGGAGGGAGCCAGUGCCUGUCGUGUGGGACGGAGCAGGAACCGACUCUGAAACUAGAGCCAGUGAACAUCAUGGAGCUCUACCUUGGUGCCAAAGAAUAUAAGAGUUUCACCUUCUACCGGCGCGACACUGGACUCACCUCCAGCUUCGAAUCGGCUGCCUACCCGGGCUGGUUCCUCUGCACCGUGCCCGAAGCAGACCAGCCUCUUAGACUCACUCAGCUCCCCGACGAUGCCAGUGGGGAUGACCCCAUCACAGACUUCUACUUCCAGCAGUGUGACUAGGACAACGUGUCCCUGAGAACUCGGUGGGCAGGGCCAGCUCUGGCAGGGGCAGGGGAGUGGAGGAUGAGACCCAGGGCAAUCACCCUCCCCUGCUCUCAGGGCCCCCACCUCUCAUUGGUUAGGCACACGGCCCCCCUUCCUUCACCUGGUUCCCAGUUUGGGUAAAUUCUUCUGAGACUUGGGGCUCAGCCCACGGUUUCCCUCCUUGUUGGGUGCUGCUACUGUUGUGGAACCUUACAAAAACCACGUGAGAUAAACUGGGAGUCACAUAAAAAGAUUCCUAAGGGAUCAGAAUAGGGAGAUCCUUCAUCCUUGGUGGUAACUUAUCGCAUGCUCUGAGCCCCACAGGCCAGCCCAUACCCAGUUGAGCCUAUCAGGGCCACCAGCUGCCCAGAGGAGGUCCUAUCAUUCACCACUGUGCGGGAGAGGGAGGGUCGUCAUAGAGUCAGGGACCCAAGGUCCAGCCCCCUCCCUCUUCCCUUUAAUUUGGCUGCCAUCAUAUGCUGCCUUUCCAUCUCUACCCUCAUGCUCUAGCCACAGGCAGGGGAGGAUGUUGUUAUCCGAGGACAUGGCUGCAGCUCAGAAGACCAAAGAUGGGCAGGGCAUGUCACACCUUUUGAAACCCAAGGUCAAUUAAAAUCCAAGAUACUGGUGUCUAUUCACCUGAAAAGAUGCUCGUGACAUAUUAAGUAAGGAGAGCAAGAUACAAAGUAGCGUAUCUUGUCAUUCCAUUUUAAUUUAAAAAAAUACUUAUUUCUAUAUUUCUGCAUAGAAAAAAGUCUGAAAGAGAUUUUACUUCAAUUUUAGCAAUGUCAGGGUGGUGGUGUUAUAGGUGAUUUUCCUUUUUGUUCUUUUUAUUUGUCUGUAUUUUCUAAUUGUUUUACAAUGAAGAUGGAUCACUUGUAUAAUAAUAAGAAAAAUUAAUCUCGAGGUAAACGGAGCAGAUAUUAUUUCUGAUCAUUCUCAGCUUCCACUUCCCCUGAGUGAAAUGCAAAUUGAAUCGAGCUCUGCUGCUUUGGUGGGUAGAAUCAGAACACGGAUCUCAGCGAAGCUGGGAAGGAGGACGUGAUGGGUUAGUGUGGCCGGAAUCUCCUAGGGAAGGAAUUUACAAAAAGAAAAAUCCUGAAGUGGUCACAGCCCCCUGAGAUUCCAAGAUAUGGGAUCCAGGCUCCAAAGGGGCUCCUUUGCAGGUUGAAUAGUGUUCUACCCAAAUACAUGUCCUUCCAGGAACCUCAGACUGUGGCCUUAUUUGGAGAUAUAGUCUUUGCAGAUGCAGUUAAUUAAGAGCUCAAGCUGUAUUAGGGUGACUCGAAAUCCAAUAUGUCUGAUAUCCUUGUAAGAAGAGGUGAGGACAGACAGAGACACAGAGGAGACCCAGGGAAGAGGGCCAUAUGAAGAUGGAGGCAGAGACUGGAGUUGUGCUGCAGUGAGGCAAGGAAUGCCAACAACUGAGGCAACCACAGAAGCUAGAAAGAGGCAAGGAAGAACUCCCCAGAGCCUUUGGAGGGAGUAUGGUCUUCAAAUCUCCUGAGCUAUGAGAGAACAAAUUUCUGUUGUUUGAAACCACCAAGUUUGUGGUAAUUGGUUACGGCAGCCCUGGGAAAUUAAUAGAGCUGCCGAUGAUCCUGUCUCUUGGUAUUCACAGCCUGAACCACAUUGUGCCAGAGUUGUCCCUAUGACCAAUAUUCCAGCAGUAAUGUUAUGGCACUCCUGGGAUCAGGUUAUAAAAGACACUGCAGCUUCUACCUUGGUCUCUCUCUGUUUCUUUGCUCACUUGGUCUGGGGCAAGCCACCUGCUGUGUUGCUGUGUUGUGAACAGCCCAACAGAGAGAGCUGUGAGGUGAAAAAUGAAGCCUCCUGGCAACUGCCAUGCGAGUGAGCUUUGAUGCAGCUCCACCAGCCCCACUCGGGCCUUCAGAGGGUGCCGCUCUGGCCCAGAGCUGGACUGCAACCUGAGGCGAGACUCUGGCGUGGGGACCACCAAGCUGAGCUGCUCCAGAUUCCCAACCCUCGGGAACUUGUCAGAUAAUAAAUGUUUGGUGCUGUAA